ACAGGUCUUCAGUGAGAGUAUCGUUGAUUCUUCCCGAGGAACCGCCUGCAGAGGCCUCCCACACUCCCUCGGCCUCUCCCCACACGCCCCUCGAGGUCCCUUCCCCUUCUGCAGACGUCCUUCCCACGCCGGAGGACCCCAACACCGCGUCCUCGUACCUGUCUCCUUCUACGGACGCGCCAACGUCCAAACUUCGCAGGGCUUCUCAGGACACCACUGCAGGGCUCCUAACCCCGACGCCCUCCCCUUCCUCGGGCCCGUUCUCUUCCCAGCCCGCGGACUCGACUCCGGAAUCCACGAGGAACGCCAGCCACCCGAUCACGACGUGGCUGUCGAUAACCACCGAGAUACGCAAAGCCACGAGUCUGUCGCAGCCGAACAAACAUGCUUCCAAAACAACGGAUUCGGCGUCAACCAUAAAGCCUGCGGUCUCAGCGGCAACGUAUGAAGCCACCAGCGAAUCACUCACCAAUAAUGCUUUGUUGCCCCUUAGAUCCCCGAGUGUCACGAGUCCCCUGUCCCCAGCUGAUCAGACGCCGCCCACCGCAGCCCCGUCCUUCAGCAGCCACCCCAACGCAAGAAGACACGCGGAAACGCCGACCGCACUAACAGCCCUUCCGGCCACCCCGCUGAGCCGACCCUCGCCCCUACCGCCCGCUGCUGCAGGUCAGAGGCAGGGUGGGCCUGCAGGGUCAGCGGUAGACAGCUCUCCGUCCUGCCAGUCUUCCAGCCCCCGCCGCAGCCCCCAGGUCGCCCUACCGCAGAGGGAGGCGACAGGGAGAACCAGUACUCCGUCCGGUACGAAGAGAAAAUGUAGACCUACAGCUACUGCCAUGUAAAUACAAACUGUUGGGCUCAGAUGUUAAUCAAAUCAAACGAAGAAACAUAUCUAUACAAAUAUAAUUAUAUUCUAAUUUAUAAUAUUACUAGGACAAAA